CCUACCACUCCUGGAAGAAAAUAACAAGAGUGUAACUGGAGAGAACUAGAGGCAGAUAAAUAAAGAGAGAAAGAGAGAAAGAAAGCAAGAGAGAAAGAGAGAAAAAGAGAGAGGGCUGUCACAAUCCUGCGUGGAGGCUGGAAGGAAGUCUUGUAAUGUCCUAUAAAUUUAAGCUACUUGGACCUUAAACACAUGCAGUUAACAUGUGUAGCUUCAUUCCAGCUUCUCUUAAGGUGCAAAAGAACAAUGUUGCUCCAAUCUUCAUCAUCAACCUCCUCAUCUCUGAAAUCAUUCAGCUCUGCUGCAUGAUCGUCGAAGUGGCAAAUCCUGUGGACUGGAAGAUCUGUAAAAUCUUCUAUUAUAUUUACUGCUUUGGUGGGGUGAGCAGUGUUGGCUUCAUGGUCUGUGUCGCCCUGGAAAGGUAUUUGCUCAUCGCAUGGCCACUGUGGUACCACGUCAGAAGACCCAUCAAGAUCUCUCUUGCAGUCUGUGUCGUGGUCUGGACCCUUCCUCUUGUUUAUGUCCUUCCUUUCUAUUUCCAGGUUGAAAUUAAGGUCUUAAAAACCAUUUUCGCUGUCUUUCUCCUUGUUCCUUUACCACUGCUCAUAUUCUUCUUGGGUGGGACCCUCAAAUCGCUGUCUUCUGCCAUCUCGGUCUCCUCUGAUGAAAAACGACGAAUUGUGGGAAUGUUGGUCCUGGUGGUGCUCAUCUACACACUGCUGUUUCUACCCAGCAUCAUCUGCUACCUGGUAGAAGAAGCCAGAGAUAAUUAUACCUUCAGAAACCUGACUUUCAUGCUUCUUAGAUUCAGUCCUUUUGCAGACUUGAUUCUGUAUUUUUUCAUUAGGAAAGGGGUCAUAGACAAGCUUUUGGCCUCUCUGUGUUGUUGCAGAAUGGACAGUGAUGAUAACAGCAGAUCAUCAGCAUGAAAGACAACAACAUGUACACAGUCAGCUCCAUGCAGGCAGAGAAAGAGGGAGAGAGAAAAAGGAAAAGACAACAAAACUAAUAACGCUGUUUGUUGUCAGCCAGUGGUGUGACCAUCACAAGUAGAUGAAAAGAAAUCAUUGUUUUGAUUAUGUUGUGAGAGAAGUGGUUAGUGGGAAAUGUUUGUCCAUGCAGGUUAACUUUUUCUGGUUCAUUGUUAGGGCUUCAACAAAUGUGCAUUAAAUUGAUGUCUAUCAUUAUUAUCCUUUGAAGGGGACAUAACAUGCUUUUUGUGAUUUUCUGUCAUUUAUAU